AAUAUUUGGUAAUUUAACAGAAACGUAUGCUAGAGAGAUAAGUGAGGUUGAUCCUAAGAAAAAAGUUUUGAAAUUGACAAGUACAAAUCUUACUAUGAAGUUGUUACCUAUAGCCUUUCACUAA